AUGUUCCCUUCACUAAGGAGGUCAGCUUGACAAUGGCGGAUGUUAGAAAUUCCCGGAUUCGCUACCAGCAUUCCGGCUCCGACUCUAUCAGCGAUACGGCGACUCUGCUGGCCCUCGGACAGGCUUCAGAGGCCGUUAAGAAAAUCAGUUUCUUUGUUGAACAGGAGGACAACCUCACACCUGAGCCUUCACCAUCAGCCUCCUUCGCCAUCCAAGUUGAAGAAGGCUCCUCGACGAUGGUGUCUCCAUCAGUGAUCUACUACAACGAUCUUCACUCGAGUCACCCUGAACUCGUUUACACCCUAGCCUCUGUCCCCCGUCAUGGCUCCCUCAUGCUUGCAUACCCCGGACAAACGUCGCGCACCCUAAAUGUCACCCACAAGUUCACACAGCAGGACAUCAUGGAAGGCAAACUUAUCUUCUCCGCCGACGUUGACAUUGGGCCGAGAGAGGUUCAUGAUGUCGUUAUUUUCAACGUCACGGACCCCAGUAAUAACGUCCUCCGGGACCAGAAGUUCAACAUUACGGUUCUGCCUGUGGACAACCAACCUCCUGAAAUGUCGCUCGGUGACAUCGGUGAAUUGGCAGUGCCUGAAGGCGGAGUUGUGACGCUGCCCCUGGGGCUCCUGAGGGUGCGAGAUGCCGACACCCCGUCAUCCAAACUCAGGGUGAUGCUUGUGGUGCCUCCUGUCUAUGGCUACAUCAGUCACGACGCAAAGGGAGGGCCGGAAACGGGAAUAUCUCAGUUCCCUCUGUCGGCGCUGAGCGACGGUAGCCUCUUCUACCGGCAAUCGCAACACCUGCAUCAGGAGCCGCGCCGCGACGCUAUAAUUUUCUUCGUGACAGAUGGACUACGAAACACUCAGAGCUUCCGCAUGAACAUCUCCAUCACCCCGAUUGACGACGAGCGUCCGGUGCUGGAGUUGUACAGCGUCGUCGUGCAGCGCGGUGCUGCCAUCGUCCUCGGUGAUACGAGCAUCACGGCCACUGAUGAUGACACGCCGCAGAACAGCCUCAGCAUCACCGUAUCAAGGCUGCCGCAACACGGUACGCUGUACCUGAACCAGCAGCCAUCUGGGGACCUGAAAAACAGUCUGGCGCUGCAGGCUGGACAAGUAAUCACUCUGGAGGACGUCUCCAGCGGCCGUCUGUUCUAUGAGCACGAUGGGUCCAAUACUGAGAGGGACUCGCUUGAAAUUAAGGUCAGUGACGGCGUCCAAGAAUCUGGCGGCGAGUUAGAACUCUUGAUCGAGGACGUGACGAAGCUGGAGUCAUCAUCGUCUGAGGUAGCGCCGAAAGUCUCGACUCCUCGUCUACUGCGAAAACAAACUCUCUCGGUGACGGAAGGCCGUUCAACCGUCAUCACUAGCAUGCAGCUUCUGGCAGUCGUUGACAGCCUGCCUGCUGAUGGCGGAUCUUCUAACGCCAUUGAGUUUGUGAUCAGUAAAGCGCCCCUCAGAGGUGUCCUCGAGAGGCACUUCCCGGCCACUCAAGGCUGGAGGCCUCUCAGAUCUGGCGAUGACUUUCUGCAGGCGCAUCUCGAUGACAACUUAAUCCGGUACUCGCACAACGCGCGCAGUGGUGUAGCGCCUGACGAGUUUCUACUUGACGUGCAUGUCGUUCCUGCCGACGAUGCUGUGCGCGUAGAGAGUCUUUUGAACCAAAAAAUUAAAAUUCAAGUCUUGCCAGACGAUGCAUUACCUCAACCGGUAUCUUUUGAGAGCCUCCUGGUGGAGGAGAACUCUAAGACGACCAUCACACGAAGCAGUCUUGAGUGGCAGAAAGAGGGAUCACCCAACACCGAUGUUAUUUACAAGCUCAUGACUGGGCCGACCAAAGGGUCCCUGGCGCUGCGGGGGGAGGCUCCAGGGGCUGUCAAGAGCUGGACUCAGCGCGACAUCAACUCCGGCCGUCUGACGUACAUACAGAACAGUUCUAUCGAGGCUCGCGAAGAUUUCAUAUCGUUUACUGUGACUGAUGGAAAACACGAAACUGAGAGCCAAGUUCUGCCUAUUCUCAUUUCCCCGGUGGAUGACCAAGACCCGAUUGUUGUAGCCAGAAAUCCUGUGCGUUUGUCACAAGGAACCUCGACUUUGAUAACAGUGGAUAACUUGGAAGCCAAGGAUUUGGAUACUCCUGAUGACAAGAUCAUUUUUCGCGUGACUUCCCCUCCGACGAAUGGCAGUCUCAAACUCAGCAACGGAAACCCCGAGCUGUGGCGGCGGAUCACGGAAUUUUCCAUGGACGAUGUACAAGAUGGUCGACUGAGUUACUUUCACGACGAUACCUACACAUCCUCGGACUCCUUCAAAGUGUCUGUGAGCGAUACUCGUGGCCCUCUCGCCGGACCGCGCACCAACACGUCGGUGGCAUUGGUGCGCAUUGAGGUGCGUCUUCGGGAGGUCGUUGCUCCUGCACCAGCACCGCCGCCUUCGUCAUCCGAGACGACCCUCGUCAACCAGGGUCUGACGUUCCUCGAACGCCGUCAGGAUGGCCAGGUGGCGGGGAGUCUGGAUCUCUCCAUGCUGAGUAUUUCCCUUUCCUUGGCGCGCUUCUCUGUCACCCGUCAUCCGCACUUUGGACGACUGCAGCUACGCGGUCAAAAUGUGUCCAGCUUCACGCAAGAUGACGUGAAGUUGGGCAAGCUGUCUUACGUACUGUUGAGCUCUACCAGAGCACCAGUUCACCGAGAUAGUUUCGCCUUCACUGUGUUCGACUCGGAAGAUGUGGUUAGGGAUGCAGGAGAAUUCCACAUCAGAUGGUCCUGGCUGAAAUUCAACAGAAGUGCCCAAGCUGUGAGCCGCAAUCAACUGAGCCCCUUGAGAGUUGUGGUCAACCGCAUAGGUGACUUGACGAGAGAAUCUUCAGUCGAGUGUUCUUACUUUGAUGGGAGACGGCAAGUGUCGAGCACUGCCAAGUUUUCAAGUGGUCAAUCGUCAGCCGACUGCUUAAUUAACAUCGAAAAUCUAUUGAGCAAUGAAAAAUAUAAGCCAUUCAAGGUAAUGUUGGAGAAUCCGCGUCGUUCUAUCGUGUCAAAUGAGAGCAACAUAACUUUGUCAGUUGCUGAAGAAAACGUGCGCCAGUCAGUAAUGAGUUUUAGGUCUGCUGAAAUUGUGGCGACGGAAACUGAUGGCAACGUGUCCAUCAGCAUCGUUAGGUCAGGCGAUAUCAGUAGAUCUUCAUCUGUCAUGUGCAUCACUGAUGACGGCACAGCGAUUGGGGGAAAUUCUGUUUCCAUGUUGGGUUAUGACUACGUGCGUCGAUCGCCUAUAAAUUCAUCUGCAAUUGUAUUUGGUCCAGGAGAGACGGAGGGUCAGUGUGUUGUUCUGAUUCUAGACGACAGAAAACAUGAGCCGCGCGAAUCGUUCCAGCUACUGCUCAGAGAUCCAUCUCAGAACUCAGUCCUGGGAGAUGUAUCAGUCUGUGUCAUUGUCAUUGAUGGACCCAAUGACGUCAGUGUGCUCAAGAUGAAGGAUAGUACGCUAUUCCUCGAUUCGCGCAAUGAACAUAUCGACGUGGCGAUCGAAAGGAGUGGCGUAGACUUGGAUUAUGCAUGCAAUGCCCGUUGCGAACUGAUAGAUCCAACCAAUGAUGCCGAGGAGACGGAAAUCACCGACACGAUUAUGAAACCUGGUUCGGUGACUGGUACUUGCAUCUUCGAUUCUCACCAUUUCAAAUCGGAAGGAACGAGAGAGUACAUUGUUCGAUUAGUCACAUCGGACAGCUGCAAAGUCUCUAGCACGGAUUCUGUUACUAAAGUAAUGACAAUGGCCCGCAGAAACUCCGCGGUCAUCCAAUUCGACGAAAACUUGGCCGUGGUCAAUGAACCGCAGGGUCUGAUUGAUAUAUCCCUUGUGCGCUCUGGAAAUUUGAGCCAUGUUGCUGAAGUAAAUUGUUUCACCAGACAGAGAACUGCAGUUGCUGGUCUUGAUUACGUCGAUCGACCUAAAGUCAAGAACUCGACCGUUUCGUUCCCCGUUGGGGCGUCACGAGCUAUAUGCAGGCUUCAUAUCAUUGAUGAUGACAAGUAUGAGCAGAAUGAAGUGUUGCUGGUCAAACUGGCACAUCCCGAGAGUGACGGAAUCCUCCGCGUUACUCUGGGUCCUCACAAACUGCUGCGCGUAAGGAUUGAGGAUCCCGAAGAUCAACCAAAGAUCAGUUUUGUGCAGGAUACCUACACUGCUCGAGCCAUCCAAGAUGGCGAAAACACUUCUCGAGUGUUUGUUGAGCUCGAACGCAAAGGUGAUAUUUCAAAAAUCUCCCGGGUUCGUGUGAUCUCUAAAGACGCCACUGCAAUUGCUGGUCUGCAUUACGUGGCUCUUGACGACAUCAUUGACUUCGAUGUUCAGCAGAAACGAGUCAAAUUCCUGGUUGAGAUUAAAAAAGCUCAGUCCGACGGCGAAUUGAAGUUUUACGUUAUCAUGAGCUCAGUGGACGGAGUUAGCGCCAUCGUACCCACGUCUAUAGAGAAUGACAGUACCGGUAGCAUUGCCGCCGCGCUCGUCAUCAUCCCGCGCUUGAAAAGCGGCCAUGUGACGCGACUUGCGCUUCCUGCUAAUCCCGUGUUGGUUUCACUGCCGCACUACGAUGCAGUUUCAGAACACAUCACACUAACUGUCGACGGAGCUUAUCCUCUAGUGUGCGUAAGUCCAUGCGAAAGUCGAUACCCUCACUAUCGCACUCUAAAACGGCUCUGUGAUAAAAUUGGCUUUGGAAGAGAAAAGAAAUCUACCUUGAAGUACGAGUGGGAAGUAUCAGCUCCCACCGAGGGCAAAAACUUCUCGGCGUAUCAAACGCUCCUAGAUUCGACCAUUUUUUCUAGUGCCGACAAUAAGGUCUUGGACUCUAUGUUCUUCUCGCCUAAUUUCUCCGUUAAAUGCGUGGUGACUGUAAGGGAUGAGAAAGGGCAAUUAGGUGCGGCGUCACACAGCCACGCAGUCCAAAUUUAUUCUGGAGAAAAGAGCAUUUGUCCGCGCCUUAGGUCUUUGAAGUACUCGCUGCCGGACAUACAAGCCUCUAUUACAUACGUUAACGACUCUGAUGAGUUGCACCCAAACACUAUCAAUAUUAAGCUCAACCUCGCCCAUGUGGCAGGUAUGGUGCCCUUGCUUUCCACCAUCCCUCUCAAUAACAUCCACUAUCUCCUCACCGAGAAACUUGCAAGUGAUCAUCACGCUUGUUCUAACCUGCACGACCAAAUCGCCUUCACUGAAGCCCACGAUCAAGAUGUCGACGAAGCUUUCCCGUAUCAGUGGGACUCCGAUUUGCGGAAGGACGGAGCCGUGUCGCUAUACCGACAUCUUGACGUGAAGACUUGCCGUUGGAAGUUUGAGGCUUGGUUCUCAAUGAAGCAACUCGUGGAUGAGUGUGGAGGCUCCAUCACAUCAGAAUCUCAGAUUGGGUCGAGUCAGCAAAGCUUGCUGUUUGUGACCGUCCCACUUCACGUGUCAUACAUGACUGCGUCAGCGCCACCUGCAGGCUGGUCGUCCGUAGACACCAGAAGAGACCUUACAAUGUCUUUCUACUACGACACGCUUCUAUGGAGACAGGGAUUCUCUUCGCAGCCUUCCCUCUCUGCCAGAAUCCAACUGACCCGGACGUCGCUGGAUGCAGCAAACCGCCUGGUGCUCCAAUUCACGACUAUCAGCAAAUUUCGCGGCCAGUUUGUCGUACUGCAUCCGCUGCUACCAGACGCGCGCUCCGCUGUCAUACCUCCAACCGAACGACCAAUACGAUUUGUGCUUGAGCUUCUAUGGUCGUCUUCUACUUUUGAUGCUGCUGAACAGAAAUGGCAGGCUACGAGCACAACAAGUUUGUCAGAUUUUACGGGGGACUACACGGUGGAGCUGGUCCCGUGCACGGUGUCGUCAGAGCAGCACUACUCUGACGUGAACACGAGUCUCUUGUGGCAAGCUGACCAGCCAUGGCCAUCCGUGGCCUCCGCAGCCGCCCUAACAGACUCACCCCCCGACGACGAUGCGUCAUAUCGCAUCCCCGAUAUUCGUUUGACGUCGAGCUUGUCAGUAGGGCAGCCCUCGAGCGUGUUGUCAGUUUGCCGACCAUUUUCCCCGACUGCGUUCCGACUUCCACUAGCUGUGAAGCCGCCACUUCGACCCGUCCCUCUCGUGUAUUCGCUGGACACUCGCUUCCAGCUGUUCAAGGACGAGCAAGACUUUCUGGAAGAUCCUCACAAUAUCGACAACCCUCAGGCUGAGGAGUUCAUCGGGGCGUACGGCGCAGAAGACAAGCUGUUCGGUCGCGUGGUGCUGUGGCAGGACGCGCGGACGGUGCCCUUCAAACUCACCAUCCAGCGCGUCUACGUCUGCUCCAGCGCACAAGGUUACGUACCCACGUACGACCCGACGGGCGCACUGUACAACGAUGGUCCCCAGCACGGCUGUCUGCAGCCACACCCCGGCCUCCAGCACCGCGCCCUCGUACUGGAUCGGGCAGAGCCGAGCUUGACAAUCUCGCCGGACCUCAAUCCCAUGCAGAUCAAAGCUUCCCUGGUGUCACAGUCUGACAGAUACGUCGCCCUGAGUGACCUGCCUGGCGUGGACGGGUUUGUGCUGGACCUGGAACCCUUCUUCACCGCGUCUCCAGACCAACGCUGGUUCCUGCAGGUGUUGUACACUAUUGGACCUCGCGACAGUCCCCGCACAAGACGGCAUGCUGGCAACUUUACUGAUGAUUACGACAGUGAAAAUUCGACUGAAGAUCUUGAAUUUCAAAUCUUCAGUUCAGUCAACGAAGCUGUGACGUCACCUUUAACACCAACAUUAUUGUAUAAAAAUGGCACCGAUACCACGAAGCAAGAUUCCUGGUCUCAUGUAACGUUCAUUGGAAGAGACUCCUUGAAUUGGACAGAAGAGGAUACGAACUGGACUCACGAGCCUUUACCUUCACCUUCAUACUUGCAGUCCGAAACUCGUAACGGGACGAACAUACGAGGCUUCACUCUGCGAGACUCCAUGAUCUCCCAGCAAAAAACAUCUUCCAUAUCAUAUCUGUCAUACAUCCUAUACAUUUUAUUAUCAGUAUUUAUAGUAAUAGCUCUGAUUAUCGGAGUGUUGUUACUCGUUUGGCGCCAUUACAAGGGUAGGCACAAGACCGACGACAUCGUGGUGGUUAAGAGCCUCAAGAAUGAAAGAGAGGAAACACGAAGACGUGACAGGGAAAGUUGGGGGGAUAAAGGUGCUGGUCCUCACACUACCCUUAAUUGUGAAAGUAACUUGCAGUUAGUUAAGGUCAAAACCCUGGCAGUUACCGUAAGAAAUAAUCUGGAAGAGGAAGGGACUGAAGUAUAGUAAUGAAUCAUGGGAGUGACACGUCACUCUCAUGAGCAAAAUGCCUAGAGAACGUGCAUAAUUUAUGGAAAUUGUGCGGAAAAAAGUCAUUCUUCAGGGUGAAAUUACUGAAGUUUGUGUCGUUAUUAUCGCAGUGUCAUCAGUCAAAAUUAUUGAAAUACUUUACUUCGAUGUUUUCGAGGUGCAUAAACCUUUACAGCAAUCAUCACUGAUUGAAAUGAUAAACUAUAAAUUAUUGAAUUGACAAGUGACGGGAGCUUUAUAAAGCGACAGUGACAAAGAGUUGCUUAUGUUGAAGUAAAGCUAUAAUCGUAUGUCAAAUAUUCGUCAGAUGUUAAAAUUGUGAGCAAGUUACUAAUUCCGAUGGACGAAGAUGCUACCCUACCUCUCAUUUUAGUGCAAAAGUUAUUAGCACGUUAAAGCAUUUAAAUCUUCCCAAGAGGCAUUACAUAGAAAGCCACACAGUUUCCUAAUAGUUUAAGAUUCUCGAAAGUGUUUCAGAAUCGUCGUUAUACUGAACCUGAAUGAGCUGGAGGGCAACACUGGCAUAAGUUUUUUUUUUCAGCGCGUACUCUGGAGGCGUCGCGGUGCUGGGAGCGGUGCUACCGUAAUAUUGCAUAUCAAGGAGCCUUACUAGGUUCCUUUUCAGUUGAUCAUUUGAUUUCAAAAUGAUUAUCUCGAACGAUCUAGUUUACUUUUCGGUUGAUCAACUGAUCAACUGGAUGUCUGAGUUUUGUGAUGAAAUACCUAAUGUGUAAGAACCAGGAGAACGUCGCAAGCACUCUGCUGCAGAGGUGCUUGUGUGUAUACUGUAUAGGGGAAACUGUCAUCAAUUUUUGCUAAUAUAAUUAGUGGAGAUGACCUUUUUGCGCAAAAUUUUUUUGCGCGUGAGGUGUGUUCUAAAGUUCCUCGUGUAAGUAGAGUGCUGUUCCGUUAAUAAUCUAAUGUUGCGAUAGUUUUAUUAUAUUUAUUAUAACAACAUAUAUGAAUUAGAGCGUGCCAAGCGAGGGUAGGAAGCCAGUUCUGAGCCAGAGAGCUGAAGCCAAUCUUCUAUUCUAACUUCCUUUCUAUUUCUUCUUAUAUAUUAGGAAUAAACUCUUGUAAAUACGUAUUAUAUUGCACCAUCCCGGUUUCAUUUAAAUGGAACGAUAAAUCCUUUUAUGAUCCUAUUUAAAUACGUUAUCGAGCAGGAACAGUUGAUUAAUGAAUAUUACGGAUGUUUCGACCUGCUUCACAUAUCAUUUGUCAAGCCUCAUCAGUCGUUUUUAAUCUAGGCGCUCAGCGCGGUAGAAGCGCCUUCCCUCGCGAAAGAGUGUUUAUCGUUGCCUACAUUUGAACGCUAUGCUGAUACACUACCUUUCGGGAGCUUAAGCAUAAUUGAGAAAUGUUAAUCGAAUGUUUAAAUGCACAUAUAAAUACUGUAAAUAUUAUGGAAAUAGCAGAUUCUCACCCUGUAUUGUUAAGGUUUGUUGAAACACUUGAUCAAUGAGAUCGUUGCUCUAUAAACUUCCUUGUAACAAAUUUCGGUAUAAGGAAUUUUGAUGCUUGUGUAAUUUUCUUAUUGUUUUGCUUUUUGAGAAGAUGAUCGUUUCAGGUUAGGUGAAACCUAAUCACAAAUUGUAACGAGAUUAAAGUCUUCAAAAUGUUUCCUUUGGACAGUGGUUCCCAAACUUUUUCGGGCAUUCCAGCUUGAAAUAAGUGAGAAUUUACACACAUCACCGGUGACUGUUGCGCCAACAAUAUACACUAUUUAGAAAGUACAUUCCAAACCGUUAUGAAACCCGUACGCAGUGUCGGAAUAUGAUGAGCUGAAAUAAAAUAAAAAACAUCAGACAACAAACACAAAGUAAAAAACGUGAAAAAAAGAAUGCAGUUGUGCUCGCAGCGCAUGAAUCCACAACAAGGCAAACCAUAGUAAACAAUACGGUUUCGCAAUCGUCAAAGCACGAGUACUCAUUAGAGACUGCAAUAAGACUAUUUUGCAUAAUAAUACGUCUUCAUAGGUUCGAAACUGUCAGUCUCGAAUCAUGAUGAAAUUUUCAGCUGCGAACGAUAGUUGGGUUUUAAGGAUGCAACAGCUGAAAAGCCUGUCUCGCAGAGAAACUGUUCGGAAAAGGCAAGUAAAAUUUACAAAUCUCUCUUUUAAAAUUACUCCCAUUUACCGUGUCUUAGCGCCCCAUUAUGUAGGACCGUGGUUUGGGAACCACUGCCUGAGGACUUCCUUCCUAUUUGAAUAACUAUGCUGCCUUACGAGAGUGCCUAUAUGGCUGCAUUUUCAUCCUGUGGUGAAAUAUGCCAAACCUAUUGAACUCUUUCAUUACAUUAAUAUUUAACUUCUGCAAAUAUCCAUUCAUUUGAAUUGCCUUACUUUGCACUAGUUUUGAUGUAGUAAUUCAAUCUUGGUUGUGCAUAGAAGUCGAGCAUCUUAAGUUUCCCGCAUCAAACUUUGCAAGUGUCUCAGGCUUCCUCGGAACCUGGUAAGGUGCAAAAUCGGGCGGUUUAUUGUCGACUUAUAUUUUAUGUAACGUUAUUUUUGCAGAUAACUAUUUAUUCCAACGUUCCAUUUCUAAACUUUCAAAUUUACCAAAAAGAUUUUAAACGAAAUCCCAAUCUUCGAAAUGCAUCGUUACCAACAACAACGAUCUAAUCAGAAAGUGAAAAGCCCAUUGUGGUCUUCUUCUUAUAGUUUAAAAACUUGGGCUGCUGGUUUUCAAUUCAUGUCUGGUUUGACAUUCCGAGAGGAAAAAAUCGGAGAAAAAAUCUGUGUUCUGCAAAGAAUAUUUAGUGGGAAAACAAAGAUUUUUAACUCAGUUUACUUGAAGUAUCCAAUGACAUUAUUAAUACUAUUUAACAUUGAUGUUCUCAGUGUAGCCCAAUGUUGGUGCCUUGAUGUGUGUCUUCGUGCUGGUGUCAUCUCGAUGUUUUGAUGAAGACGACGUUGCCAAUUUGCAAAAAUUGCUUUUCACCGUGUAGCCAUAGCAGCAGCUUACAGACUGCAAAUGCUUUUUAACUUCUCGUUUCUUAAUGGAGCGGUCAUUAGAGUCGCCGUACGGGUUACUUUUAACGCUCCUUAUAGUGGUCCCCUUUUAAACUUUAUUUCCAUGUAAAUAACAUGACUUUCACCUGACUAAUGUAUUGCUUCUACUGUAGAACGGACCCAGGAAACUUUUCGCUUUAACUUCAACCUUCCCUUUCACUCCAGGCAUUGCCGUAGUCAUCGUCCAUAAGAUGACUAGUUAGGUUUAACUCUUUUCUAGGUUUUCUAAAAAAGAAUUUAGUAAGUUAAAACUUGGAUGUCUUUUUCCUAGACGUAUUUGAAAACAAUAUUUUUUUGUUAUCAAGUCUAAGAAUGUUUGUAGACUGUGAAUAUUAUGACAGUAUUUUCAGCAACGAUAAUAUUAUCAGCUACGAGAUUCUUAUUUACAUCCAGAUUAAUUAGAUCAAACCGAUCUACACUUCAAUUGCCGAUGUAGAUGUGAUUGGCUCAUAAGUUACCAGAUCCCCUUAUAAGAAUACGAUAUUGCAAAUCCAAUCAGAAGACGGUCUUUCCAGCGGUAAGCUGAUCCUGUCAAGAACUUAAUGUCGUAAAAACUUUUUAAAGUCUGGCGGCUGGUUGAAGGUAAACGAAUAGAGUCGUUAUCCGUUCAUUAACAGUUCAUGGUAGCACCGCUAAGGCAUUAUUUUUUACAUUUCAAGUUACCUUUGAUCUCAAAGCUUCAGGAUUCUUUUUUGCACUGCCAACGAAUUAAAUUGCUGUACGUAGUCUCAUUCUGUGUAAAGUAUCAUAAUGAA